AUGGCGACGGGAAGAAAACAGAUGAAGAAAAAACAUGUAGAGGAAAAAAAUGAUAAAGUUUUUGAUUUUAAUGAAGAUGAAAAGAAAGAGAUGAGCGGCUCAGAGGAUGACGUCAGAGAUGAAACUCCGAUUGUUGACAAGCUGGCAAAGAAAAGACCGGCUGACUUUGAGGCGGAGGCAGCGCCCUGUGCUGUUGGAAAUGAGGUUCAGUCCAUGUUGGAGAAGUUUGGUUCUGAUAUCAGUAAAGUGAUGCAAGCCAAGAAGAAACGUCUGGAGAGUCUGACCAAGAACUACAUGAAGGGGAGUCAACACAAGCUGGAGGAGCUGUGGAACAACUACCACAGUCAGAGGCAGAAGAUGACUCAGCAGUAUUCUCAGCAGGUUAACUCGGCGCUGCAGCAGUGGGAGACUGAAGCUCAGAAAGCUGAAGACCAGGAGGAGAAACUCAACUCACUGUUCAGACAGCAGCAGAAGAUCCUUCAGCAGGCUCGGUUGGUUCAGAAUCAGAAGUUGAAGACGGUCCGAGAACUUUAUGAGCAGUUUGUGAAGAACAUGGAGGACAUGGAGAAGAGUCAUGAGUCGUUCCUGCAGGGGGCGCAGCAGGAGCUGAGGAAGGAGAUGGCCACACUGCAAAAGAAGAUCCUCAUGGACACGCAACAGCAGGAGAUGGCCACAGUCCGCAAGUCUCUGCAGUCCAUGCUGUUCUAG